GAGUUGAAGGAUUGAAGUGAUGUAUGGUCUAUGGUGAGUUGAUAUUAUUUCCCAACUGUCUAUCCGCCAAUAAUAAUUUUGAUAUGUGUAUAAAACCAUACGUGUGUCUGCAAAUAUAGAGACUUACCAAGGAAACCAAUAUUGGAGAAGAGAAGAGAAGAUAUGGCAGAAAACUUAAGAUUUGUUGAGGAUGAAGAAAAUGAGCAUGGAGGAACCAAAAUCCAACCCUUGGCCUCUACACCAAUGCCGAAUCUGGACAAAACUGAGGGAGGGAAGAAGCAAAGCCCUACUAAUAUGAACAAGGUUUUGGGUUUGGAAGAGCUUUCUUCUUCAAAUGUAUGGAGAGCAUCUUUGGCUGAGCUUCUUGGCACCGCAGCUCUUGUCUUUGCAAUGGACACUAUAGUAAUUUCCACCUAUGAAACUGAAACAAAAACACCAAACCUCAUUAUGUCAGCCCUAAUUGCCAUUACUGUCACAAUCCUCCUCAUUGCCACGUCCCCCAUCUCCCAUGGCCAUAUCAAUCCAGUUAUCACCUUCGCAGCAUUGUUUACGGGCCGGGUUUCUCUUUCACGGGCCGCAGUAUACAUCUUGGCCCAAUGUCUAGGAGCCAUUUUAGGUGCGUUAGCACUAAAAGCUGUACUAAACAGCACUGUGGAGGAAACAUUUUCACUUGGAGGUUGCACACUCAGUAUUGUUGCACCAGGCCCACAUGGGCCCAUUUUGAUUGGGCUCGAGACAGACCGAGCUCUUUGGUUGGAAAUAAUUUGUACGUUUUUUUUCUUAUUUUCUUCGAUCUGGUUGGCAUUUGACAAACGCCAAUCCACCCCCUUGGGCCGGGUUAUUGUUUGUUGUAUAAUUGGGCUGGUAGUGGGCCUUCUCGUGUUCAUAUCGACGACAGUGACAGCUCAGAAAGGGUAUGCUGGGGUUGGGAUGAACCCAGCAAGGUGUCUAGGCCCAGCACUUAUUAGAGGUGGUCAUCUAUGGAGUGGGCAUUGGGUAUUUUGGGUUGGGCCUAUUAUUUCUUGUAUAGCAUUUGGGGUUUACGUCAAGAUAAUUCCAGUUGCCAAUGCCUGACGUAUAAAAAUGGCGUCAGGAAGUAGCAUAGUAUCCUUAUGCAUGAGGUUGUAAAAAAAAUAAUGUUCAAUUAGGCUUUGUUUAUGGUCUUAAAAUUGUUGGAAUUUCCAUCAAAUGUACUAAUUUAUAUCCUUAAUUGUGUUCAUAGUGAAAAUUUUAUAAUGUCAUAAUAUUGGAAAAUUUUCUUCUGCAA